CUCUGUUUUCUUUUGGCGUUAAUUAAAACCUCUUCAGGAAAGCGACUGAAGAAGAAGAAAACAUCGAUAAAGAAGUGUACACUUAAUCCUUAUUAUAACGAAUCGUUUACAUUUGAGAUACCGUUUGAACAAAUCCAAAAAGUGGUUCUCGUCGUCACUGUCGUCGACUACGACCGCAUCGGCACUUCCGAACCCAUCGGGAAAGCUGUGUUGGGCUGUAACGCGUCGGGCACUGAAUUGAGACACUGGAUGGAUAUGUUGGCGUCGCCCCGAAGACCUAUAGCUCAGUGGCAUUCCCUAAAGGAUCCGGAAGACAGCGGCGGCAAAGAAAACUAGAGAUCAGAGACGAAGAAAAAAAUAUAUAUUAAAAACUUUUUUCAAUUCAUACUUCAAAUAUUUUACGAGAAAACUUUUUAUUAUUAUUGUGUUUUUAAAUCGUCGAGUAAUUACUUGUGUUUUGCUAAAACAACUUUUAUUGUAUCGUUUCAAAAGUAUUAAUCUUAUUAUCGACAUGUGAUUAUACAGAAUAUAUACAAUAUAAUUAUUUGAAACCAUUUGGGUUUAAUGACAACAUGUUAAACAACAUAUUCCUAAUGAUUAUACUUAUACCCCAUAUUAUAAUAUCCUUUACAUAUGAUAUGAUAUUUUAUGUUUGAUUUUUUUGAAUAGAUUUUUAAAAUCUGAGUCUGAAAUGG